AAUUUAAUUUGGGUUUAUGGUGAGCAGAGGGACAUUUUAGAGAAUUAUAACAAUUAGGUAUACCAAAGUAGUUAAGUAAAUCAAACGUGUGGCGUUUUUUUAUUUUGUAAGUAUAAAAGAAUAAACAGAAAACAAAAAGAAAAAGAGCACACAAAAUCGACGCCUCCUCUCGUCCCGUUAUCAGCAACGGUUGCCGAUCGAACCUUGAUUUGGGGUACUCACCAACGAGCGGCGGCGGCGGCGGCAAAUGAAUUAGCCAGGGAGCCAGACUACAGCGAUCCGCUCAAUCCCUUUCCUCCUGUAGCCCUAAACGGAGAGCAAGCAAUGUCGUAGCAGAGGAAUUUCAUUAGCCCGAUUUCUCCCUACUCGCUGACUGUCGCAGGAGUCCAAUAAAAUCAUAGUCCUGCCACGAUUGAUGGAUUCCAUUAAAGGAGUGAAAGAACCUGUAGAAUCAGAUGUGGAGUCCUUCUUCAGCAAGGCUCCACCUCUCAAAGACUGUGAUAAGCUCUUCGAAAAAUUAAAGGGAUUCAUCGACAGGGUUGUUAGAUCAUCAGAGAAUGGGAAGCCUGUUAGGGUUGUUUGUGUGACUUCUGGGGGUACGACUGUCCCUCUAGAGCAGCGAUGUGUACGCUACAUAGAUAAUUUCAGUUCAGGCAACAGGGGAGCUGCAUCGACUGAGUACUUUGUGAAGGCUGGAUAUGCUGUUAUCUUUCUCUAUCGCUGGGGCAGUUGUCAACCAUACUGCAGAUAUCUUCCACAGGAUUCGUUUCUUGAUUUUUUUGAAAUUGCAGAAGAUUCAACCAUUAAAGUGAGUGAAUCACAUGAUGUUGUCGUAAAGAGAUCAAUAAGCGAAUAUAGAAAGGCAGUAGAAGGAGGUAUGCUGCUGAAACUUCCAUUCACCACAAUUUUUGAGUAUCUUCAGAUUUUGCAGAUGGUGGCUCUAUCAAUGGAUUGUCUGAAGUCACUUGGGAUGUUCUAUCUUGCUGCUGCUGUAUCAGAUUUUUACGUUCCUUGGGAAAAUAUGGCAAAACAUAAGAUCCAGUCUGCAGAAGGUCCCCUUGACAUGCGACUGACUCAGGUCCCUAAAAUGCUUUCUGUUAUGAGGAAGGACUGGGCGCCAGCAGCAUUUUGCAUCUCGUUCAAGUUGGAAACAGAUCCUGAUAUCUUGCUUCAGAAAGCUGACACGGCGAUGAGGAAGUAUGGUAUGCAUGUGGUUGUGGCAAAUGAAUUGGCAACUUAUAAGUCGGAAGUCACUGUUGUCACAAGAUGUGGAAAAACGAAAGUUUGCAGUCGAGCAAAGGAUCACGACUUGGAGAUGGAACUCGUUGACAUUCUUGUGGAGCAGCAUUCUGACUACAUCAAGAAGUUUGAGUCAGGUAUCAAGUGACUAAGGCUUGAGUGGGAUAAUAAGGAUAAGUGUCAAAGGUUUUGACGUGUGAUCGUUCAUAUUUUUGUGGUUAUUUCUAGUGUACUGGAAGAGCAGCAUGCUUGUUUUUCCAGGUGCCUUGUGAGGAAUAUCUUCCAGGGGCAAGAUUUUAUAGUUCUGGUUUACGCAAUCAGGCCUGAGAUCCUAUCUA